GUACAGUCGUUAUUGUAACGCAGUUAGUAAAAAGCUUCAGAAAUGUCAAGAAAGCACUACAUAUUAUGCAUUUUCGGUUCAGUGUUCUUUAACCUAAAUUAAAAAUUCCAUCUCAAUACAAAUAUUUUCUAAGAAAGUAUGGAACUUGCCCGAAAUUUUGUAACUAGCAAAUUGAAAUGUUGCCUCCUUAAAUUGCCGAAAAGGACUUGUUUGUAUCACGUAAGACAUAUCAGAUUGGCAGAGGUAGGAAAAUUAGAAACACCAAAAUUGCAAGGAAAAUAUGAAACUGGUCAAUUAAUCUUACAUAGAGUAUUUGGAUAUCGUGGAGUAAUAUUAUUCCCAUGGGUAGCAAGAGUUUAUGACAGAGAUAUUCCAAAUAAAAGAGAAGAAAACACAAAUGGUAACUUUAAUAGCGUCGAGAAAGAAGUAAAAGGUAGAACUCACACAUUUUAUCAGGUAUUAAUUGACCAAAGGGAUUGUCCUUACAUACGUGCCCAAACUGAAGCUGUAACAUUUUUGGGUAACCAUGAAAGUAGUCGCAGUUUAUAUGCAAUACCAGGAUUAGAUUAUGUAGCUCAUGAAGAUGUUUUACCUUACACUACGAAUGAGAAAACUGCAUUGCAACAUGAACUUUUUGAUAAAUUUUUAAUGUACCAUCCAAAUCGAGAUCCAUGUUUCGUCGCACAAGAAACUCUUAGAGCAUGGCAAAAAAAGAAUCACCCAUGGUUAGAAUUAUCAGAUGUACAUAAAGAGACUACUGAAAAUAUUCGUGUUACUGUUAUACCAUUCUACAUGGGUUGUAGAGGAAGUCAAACAACAGCUGUACAUUGGUGGCGGUACUGCAUCCGUUUGGAAAAUUUGGGUAAUUUGAGUGUACAAUUACGUGAAAGACAUUGGAGAAUAUUCAGUCUCUCUGGCACAUUGGAGACCGUCAGAGGAAGAGGUGUAGUUGGUCAAGAACCUAUUUUAUCAAAAGUUCUACCUGCUUUUCAGUAUAGCAGUCAUGUGAGUUUACAAGCUGCGAGUGGACAUAUGUGGGGCACAUUCAGAAUGGAAAGAGAAGAUGGAUAUGCUUUCGAUUGUAGAAUUCCACCCUUUUCUUUGGAAUCAAAAGUAGAAGAAUCAUCUACACCCAACAUGGAUUCAUAAUUAAAUUUAGAGCAUCGUGUGAUCGUAUUUAAAUUUUGCAAUUCAUUAAAAAUUCACCAUUACGUAUGUAGUAGUAAUAUUUAUAAUACUGUCUGUAAUAUUUGAGUAUAAAUACUAUGAGUAAAAUUUAAGCUGUGUAAGAUUUUUUGUAAUUACUAAACUUAUGUAAAGCAGUGUUUUUCAUAAAUAAUUCACUUCAAGUAAGGAUGAUUAUAGUUACAAAUACGAUA